AAAAUCUAAUCUUUUCGGCAAAGCAAAAGUGUUUGUUGGAUUAAUUAUUUUUGCAUUGCAAAAAAAAUAAGUAUUUAGAAAAACAAAUAAAACUCCAAUUUUAAAAAGAAAAUUCAGACAAAAAAUGUCUGUAAAUACAGCUCAUACCAAUGGUGGUGUGCUUAUUCACUAUGGAGAAUACAUUCUAAUUCACAGUGAAAAUGUGAGCUUGGAUUUUGUCGGACAGGAUAAUCCAAUAUUCAAAGGAACCAAAAAUGGACACAUUUAUUUGACAUCACAUCGAAUGAUCUUCAAUAGCAAGAAGCAAAAUGAAGAAUUGAUGUCAUUCAGUGCUCCAUUUAUAGCUAUGAGUGAUGUUGAUAUUGAGCAACCAGUUUUCGGUGCCAAUUAUAUUAAAGGCAAAGUUCGUGCUCAACCAAAUGGCAAUUUCAUUGGUGAAGUAAAAUUCAAGUUGUAUUUCAAAUCUGGCGGAGCUAUUGAAUAUGGACAGGCAAUGUUACGAGCUGCAUCUAUCGCUCAGCAAAAUAUGCGUAAUUCCAAUGGUAACUUUGAUGAUCCACCACCAUACACUCCAUCUGGGGCAUGGCAUGAGGCUCCACCACCAGCCUAUCAACCACCACCAGGCUACUACGGAUGGAUUCCACAGAAUGAUGCCUUUACUGGCCCAGCACCCAAUUCGGUAUUUGUGAGCGAUAAUCCACCACCAUAUCCAGGAAUUGGUACACCGCCAACUUACCAGAAUCAUCAGAAUUACCCAAGUGAGCCACAACAAGGAGGCUAUGGAGGUGGUGGCUAUCCUCCACAAACUGGUGGAUAUGGAGGAGCUGCUGGAUAUCCAAUGCCUGGUUAUGCUGCACCACAAGGUGCUGGUGGAUAUCCAGGUCAAGGAGGAUAUCCUCAAGGAGGUGGCUAUGCACCACCUCAGGGAGCUUAUGGACCACCACCUUCUUAUGGUGGAUUCACUGUUCCUCCACAACAGGGUGGCUUCCCAACUCAACCCGGGUAUCCCCCAUACGGACAACAGCCAGGAGCAUCGGCUCCACCAGUUGGUGGAUACACUCCAGCAAUGCCAAACGGCUAUCCAGGCUAUCCCGGACAGGGUGGAAGCAAUGGACCAUCCGGAUCAAUGGGAUUUUCAGCACCCCCAGCAAAUUCCAAGGAAGCUGAAGCCUUGAGGAGCGCAUUCAAUACAACAGAAAACCAAAGGAAUAACCAACAACAUCAACAACAACAACAACAACAACAUCCGAAUGAUAUGCCCCCACCAUCUUAUGGUGAUCUACCACCAACUUAUAAUUCAUUAAAUGACCGAAGAAACUAUUAAGAAGCAUUCCUUUCAAUUUCAACGAUGUUUUUUUUUGUUUGUUUUUUAUUAAAUUUAUAUUUUUAAUCCAAAAUAAUAUCAAAACUUUUCUUAGAAAAGCAAAACAAAAAACCCAAAAAUAGUAUGUGCACCACGGUGAUUGGGGUUGAAAUUUAUAUAUAAAUACAAAAAACAAUAAAACUUUUAACCUUGCAUGCUAUAACGUUAAAUGAUAUAUUAUACAAACCUACAUAAAAAAAUGCUUUUGUUAAUUUACAAUAGCAACAGUUAUAAUAAAAAAUAAAAAUACUAAAAAAAAUUGCUUAUAAAGUAUAAAAAAAAACUAUU